GUUUAAGUGACGUCAUUAGUGGACCGUCCAUACCAUGAUGGCGUCGGCAGCAGCAACGGAGCGGGGCGACAGUCCCGGCGUUUCCCGGUCUGCGGCGGCGCAGUACUCGGUACUCGUGGUGGUGGGGUCGCUGCGUCCCACCGGUCUGCUGGAGCGACUGCUGAAGCAGAUAGACUCAGGUGUGCGCUGCUGGCCUGUGAACCUGGAUGUCUCCGUUCUGGACCAGCAGCUGAAACUCUUCGUGUCGAGACACUCUGCCUUCCUGUCGAAGGACGUCCCAGGACAGAGGACCCUGCAGCACCACGGAGACGUUCUGGACACUCAGGUUGUCGUGAAUCCGGCUCACGACUUUGUCUGCUCAGAGGUGCGGCGGCUCGUCUGUGAUCCGUCUGCACACAAACUCCUGGUUCUGGCCGGUCAGUGCGUUGAAGGGUCCGGAGACAUCGUGUUCCAGAGAGGCUUCUUCUCUCUCAGCGACUUCGUCCACAUCUUUGAGGAGGAGGAGGUCGGACAGUUGUUGAGCUCUACAGACCCGGCCAUGAAGGCCCGCCUCACCCUCAGCUGUCCAGAUGUUGGUCUCUGGAAGAACUCCGUGUUGGAGAAACACAAUCUGCAAGACUACAUCCACAUCCAGAUCAACCCCCCCGCCGUGCUCCCAGAGAUGGAGGGUCUGCAGGAGUUCACGGAGUACCUGUCCGAGUCGCUGGAGCCCGAGUCCCUCUUCGACCUCCUGGAGCCCCCGAGCACCGUGGGGUUCCUGAAGCUCUCUCGGCCGUGCUGCUACAUCUUCCCCGGAGGGAGGGGGGACGCCGCCUUCUUUGCCGUUAACGGUUUCAACGUGCUGGUGAACGGCGGCUCGGAUAUCCGCUCCUGCUUCUGGAAACUGGUUCGGCACCUGGACCGAAUCGACUCGGUGCUGCUGACCCACAUCGGCGUGGACAAUCUCCCCGGGCUGAACAGUCUGCUGGCGAGGAAGGUAGCGGAGCAAGAGGAAGAGUGUGCUGGACCCCCGAGCGAGGAGGACCGGAUGAAGAACCUCGUCUCCCCUGAGAUCGGGGUGGUCUUCCUCAAUGUCCCCCACAGGUUGAAGUCCUUGCAAGGAGAUCCCGGCGAGCUGCGCAGCUGUGACCAGGCGGCGCUCACUCUGCAGAAUUUGGAAAGACUUUACAUUAAUCCGGAACCUCUCAGCCGGUCCAACGGACCCCGAAUAGAUCCGGUUAUCUUGUUUCAAAAGAUGGGAGUGGGCCGCCUGGAGCUCUACCCGCUGAAUCCAGUCGCUGGCAGCAGAAACCUCGAAGCUUUCAUGCAGCUUUGGCCAAAUAAGGGAUCCGAUGUUAAGGGCUCAGACCUUCCGCUCCCGUGCCUCGUUUCCAUUUGUGCUCUGCUCGUCUGGCAUCCGUCCAGUCCUCAGGAGAGAAUCAUCCGGGUGCUUUUCCCAGGGUGCACGCCGCAGACCAAAAUUCUGGAGGGGCUUGAAAAACUCAAACAUCUAGAUUUCCUCAAACAUCCGGUCGUGUGUUUGAAGGACCUCGAAGCGCCCAAACCGGACAAACAACCGAAACGGGCAGAGAGUCGGGAAAGCCUUAAGUCCCAGUCUAAGGACGUCAGACCCAGCAGUGCCUUGCAGAAAGACAAACGAGUGGAUGUCAAAAAACAGGAGGUGAAAACGAUGCCAAAGGCAGCGAGUGACACCACGUCUAAAGAAAAGAAAGAUGGGGAAGAAAAGCCCAAACUAAAGGAUCCAGAAGCAAAAUUGAAGCCACAAAAAACGACUGAAAAGCUUGUUCCAAAGAAAGAAGCGUCACGAGAAGAGAAAAAGGAAGUAAAAAAGAAGGACGAGAAGGUCGCGGUCGCUGUAAAGAGGGAAGAGAGUGGAGAGAAAAAGAAGGAAGCUGUGAAGAAAGAAAUUCCAAGCACAAAAGCAAAGAAAGACCUCAAACCGGAACCAAAAAAAGACAGACAGAAGGAUGUAAAAACCGAGGAGAAGAAAACCGAGGAGAAGAAAACCGCUCGACCAGCUGUAAGAGAAGUAAAGAAAGCAACAAGUGGGCCUUCGAGUACGGAGCUAAAGAAGGCUUUGGGAAAGAGUGGGACUCUACCAAAGAAAGACUCUUUGUUUUCAGGGACAAAAGGCAAACCAGGUUCAAAGGAGAAGGAAAACCAAAAGGCGGCCGAUGGCGUCAAGGCGCCCACGCCUGAGGACGAAUUUGAAAGACUUCGAUUGGAGGACAAAAACGGGAACAACUCAAAGGUCACAAACUCAGACGGCGCAAAAACCAAUGGGAACCACACCUCGAUGGUAGAGAGUCCAGAGACGUUCCGCUGCAUGGGGACGGACCAGGCCGCCGGGGACGAUGGCGUCCUCGGCGCGAGAGGAUCCGGCCUUGGCUUUGAGGCCAACGGGACCUCCGGCUUUGGCUCGACUAGGGCAGGUCUGGAAAAGUCCUGUCAGGAUAAACCGUCGGGUCCUCUGACGCUCAGUCCUUUCAAAGACAUCUCGCCAGACUCCUCCAUCACCAUGACCUCCACGCCCGCCGAGCUGGGUUCUCCUCACUCGACAGAAGUCGACGGAUCCCUGUUGGCUUCUUUAGAGCAAGAGUCGCCCAAAGGCCCCGUGGGAGACGGCGUCCGUUCCAACGCACACGUUGGGGACUCAAACACCGGGACGGCCUCGCCUGCGGAAUCAAACCACAACGGGUUCGGUGGGUCAGAGGAUCACAUCCACGGGAUGUCCGAGCUCAUCUCGGAUGUUCCGCACGACGUGGAUCUCUGCUUGGUUUCGCCUUGUGAGUUCCAGCAUCCCAAAGCUCCCGACAACCAUCAGCAGCGCGUGAGCCCCGGCCUCGCCGCCGCCUCGCCCGACCCCUCUGACGACAACAACAACAACAACAACAACCACUCGCAGGAUCAAAGCAGCAGCGACUGCCCUUCAAUCGACAGCCAGGGAACUCCGCCCGCAUCGGUCAGCAACUCCGUCCCGACCGACUCCGACGUGCCCCCCUGUUCAGAGGAAUGUCCGUCCGUCACAACAGAAAUGGACUCUGAUGAUGACGAUGAUUCCGGUAGCUUUUUCCCGCCCAGUCAUCCUUCUGGUCCCCAGUACUCCCACAAGGGAGGUCAAGACCCCCCGCCCGCCCCGGUCAAGGAUCUGCCCCCGUUGCCGCCCCAGCAUGGCGCCUGCAUGGCCGACGCAGAGGCCGGCAAGAGCCUGAAGGGUUCCACGGCCAAAGCCAAGAAACCAACCACUAAGGCACAGAACGCCACCCCUGGGAACGCCGCCGCCGCCGCCCCCAACGGAAAGCCCAAGGCCGGUGGCCCCUUGGGGUCCAUGAAGAUGACCUCCAGCCUUGAGGCGAAGCCCUCGUCCAGAAGCUCGCUCGGAGGCUCCAGGCUUGGUCCUACAAAACCCCCAUCCUCAGCUUCCAAGGCUGCCGGUCCUGCAGGUUCCGCGGUCUAUGUGGACCUGGCCUACCUGCCGUCUGGCUGUGCCUCCUCGACCGUGGGCCUGGACCUGUUUAGGCGCCUUCGCUCCUCGUAUUACAUCAUCAGCGGAGACAAUCCGGAGAAGGAGGUGGCGAUGAGGAGCAUCCUGGACGCCCUGCUUGAGGGGAAGAGCAGCUGGCCGGAGGUUCAGGUGACUCUGAUCCCAACGUUUGAUUCGCUGGCGAUGCACGAGUGGUACCAGGAGACCCACAACCGGCAGAAGGAGCUUUCAAUCACCGUGCUGGGCAGCAACAGCACCGUAGCCAUGCAGGAGGAGACCUUUCCCGCCUGCAAGGUGGAGUUCUAAACCGGAAGCCGCUGCCCACUGGAGGCCCCGCCCACUGGAGGCCCCGCCCACUGCACACCCUGUCCACCUCACCUGUGAGCCGGUGGAAACGUAGAGUAGACUUGAGUGGUUGCCCCAGUUGCAUGCUGACCGUUGAAAGGUCUCAAUAAUAAUCUGUCCCCUGAAUCUGAAUUCCGCCCACUUUGGUUGUCAUAGUUACUGAGUAUGCUCACCCACUUGCUCUUAUUCUGAAGGACAGUAAAGCAGGAGGUCGAGCUGCUGGUCUAUUUAAAAACAAAACAAAAAAAACCUGCGUGACAUCACUUCCGGUCACUUCAUCUCUGCUGGAUCCGAUCCUUUAACUCUCCUGCUAACUAGCAUUAGCACUUUAGCAUGAGUCUGACGUCACCGUUUGACGUUUGCUCGGCGUUUAGCUUCAAUGUUGGUUUCACUUUAGUUUUUGAGUCAAGCAGAAAUGCAAAAUGGAGACGUUCCUUUUGUAAAUGAAUAAUUAUCUUGUUAAUAUUUGAUUAUGAGUCAAAAACGUAAUCAAUACAUUUGUGCUCUUUAUCGCAUCAUUUCAUCUGGUAACUUGGAUAAAUAUCUCAGAAUGACAUCUUAACUACGAGAUCUCAAUUCUCAAAAGAUUUUUAAUUUGUCACCAAUAGAGUUUAUUCUGCUGAUUACGAGGUACAGAGUUUGAGUUUUUCUUGUUUAUUUUUUCAGUAGAGGAAAUGUUUCGAUCCAGCAGAGUUUUUACUGGUAUUUGGGACCACAUGUUGCCUUUAAACACAGAUCUCCGAUCAGUUUCUAUCAGAGCGUCCUGCAGCUUUACCACUUUGUUCUGGGACUUGCUCUAAAUACUACAUCUCCCAUGAGCCUCGGCUGCUCUGUCAUUUUAAUUUAACUCCGCUGAAUUGAUGUCAAAGUUAAUUAAUCUGACUGACUGCAGUUUGGAAGUCAAUGAUCGGAUGCUUCCCACAGCAGUGCUUUCUGGGACUUGUAGUGCUUCUCCAGAUGACUUAAAACAGCUGCUUGAAUCUGUAGAAGUCCAUAUUUGUUCAGAAAUGUUUCUUAUUUUGGAUAAAAUCUGUCCGUUAACAUUCAACCACACAUUUCAGUUUUAACUUAUUUAUUUAUUUCAAUUCAUAUCUGCUUUCUAAACUUUGGUUUCAGCUGCAGCUUAAUUUUAGGUUUGCUCCCAAGUCAAAGUUAAUUGAUCGGUAUUCACAUCUGAUCUCAAUAGAAGUAUCUGAAGUGUUAAUGGAUCAAUAAUUUAUCUGGUUAUUGAGCCGCAUUGUGACUGUUGCUGCAAAAUCAAAUGAGGUUUCAACCGUAAAGUUAAAAGAUCAAAGUCGUCAUUUAGAGAAAAAAAAAUUGUAAACUAAAAAAAAAUGAACAGUUUAAUUCACAGAAUAGUUAUUUGAAGAUUAUAAUAAUUGUAAGUAAUUUCCUUAUUUUGGCUUUCGAUCACUAAAUCAAGAACUUCAUUCUCCUGAUUUUAAUUGUUUUACAUGGAGUUAAAACGUUUUUUCUCUAACUAACGACCUACUUUUCACCUUUUUGUCAUCAGCCUUUCUAAAACAAUUGAAGUGUUAACGAUGUCAUUUUUUAGAUUUAGUUUUCACACAGACACAAUUUCUGACUUGAACACUAAUUUGAAUGAUUCUUUCAAAAUAAAAGUUUCCCUUUAACAAUU